CCAGAGGUUACAGCAUCACUACCUGGUCAACUCACCUAUUCGUGGAUGUUUCCCUUGAUACUCAAUGGGUACAGAAAAGGUUUAAAUGAAGGUGAUGUUUGGCAACUGAAUCCUCGUGAUGCUAGUAGUCGACUGGUACCACAGUUUGAGAUAUAUUGGGAGAAAGAGGUCAACCGAGUUCUGAAACAAUACACUGAUCCAAAACAUCCAGAGUCCUCAUCGUCAUCAUCUAAUGAUUCCAUCGCCAGGUUGAAGAGAAAACAUAAACUUAAAAUACCAUCAUUGUUUAAAGUUCUAUGUAAAAUACAUUGUAUUGGGUUAAUGGUGUCGUUUAUUACAAAAUUCUUUGCUGAUAUUUCAACUUUUAUCAGUCCUUUAAUUCUAGGAGAAAUUAUAUCAUAUAUGUCAACCCGUGAUGAGUUGCCAGAAUGGAGAGGUUAUAUUUUAGCGGUUGGUUUAAUGUUGACUAGUAUAAUACGAGCUGUAUUGUUUCAAAUCAGUCUUCAUCAAGCAGCUGUAAUUGGUAUGCAGAUGAAGUCAACGCUGACAUCUGUUAUAUAUCAGAAGGCAUUAACAAUGACCAACGAAGCAAGAAAAAUCAAAACAUCAGGAGAAAUUGUUAACCUCAUGUCUGUCGAUUGCCAAAGAAUUCAAGAUUUGCUCAACUUUUUAGCUUUACUAUGGUCAACACCGCUUCAAAUAGUUCUCUCAUUGGUACUGCUUUACUAUACCAUAGGACCUGCUGUUUUUGCUGGGGUUGUUGUCUUAUGUUUAAUGAUACCCAUCAAUUCUGUAUUUGCUGGAAAACAACAAAAAUAUCAACAGGAAAAUCUCAAGAUCAAAGAUAAAAGAAUUAAAUGGAUGACGGAGAUAUUAAAUGGAAUCAAGGUUUUAAAGCUGUAUGGUUGGGAGUUAUCAUUUCAAGAGAAAGUGGAAAAGAUAAGAGCUCUGGAAAUUCGUGAGUUGUACAAAAUAGCCUAUACAUACAUUGUACUUAGCAUGAGUUGGGCAGUGGCGCCGUUUUUGGUAACCUUUGCAACAUUUGCUACCUACAUCCUUAUGAACGAAAAUAACGUAUUAGACGCUCAAAAGGCUUUUGUAACGUUGUCGUUAUUCAAUUUAUUGAGAGUUCCACUAAAUUUGUUGGGCAUCAUUAUUAAUUUCAGUAUUCAGGCAUUUGUUUCUGUUAAGCGAAUUAAUGCUUUUAUUAUUCAACCUGACCUAGAUCCAGAAAACUCAGUACAGGAUCAAUCAUCUAAAUUUGCUAUUUCUGUUCGAGAUGGAGAAUUUAAGUGGGAUGAAGAUAUGCCUUCAGUAUUACACAAUAUUAAUAUUGAGAUAGCAGAAGGAAAGUUGGUAACUGUUGUAGGACAAGUUGGUUGCGGUAAAUCUAGUCUUAUAUCCGCUAUUUUGGGUGAAAUGGAUAAAUUAAGUGGUGAUGUAAGAGUAAAGGGAACCAUAGCUUAUGUUCCUCAACAAGCUUGGAUGAAAAACGAUACAGUGAAGGGAAAUAUAUUGUUUGGAAAACCUUAUAACGAAAACAAAUACACAGCUACACUUGAAACAUGUGCUUUAACUGCAGACUUAGCAAUUCUUCCUGGUGGUGAUAUGACUGAAAUAGGCGAAAAGGGCAUCAAUUUAAGUGGAGGACAAAAACAGAGAGUUAGUUUAGCAAGAGCUCUAUAUAGCGAUGCUGAUAUUUAUCUGUUUGACGAUCCUUUGAGCGCAGUUGAUUCUCAUGUCGGUAAACAUAUCUUUAAGAAGAUGAUUGGCCCUUUUGGCUGUCUGAAAGGAAAGACACGAUUAUUGGUAACUCAUGGUGUACAUUGGUUACCUAUGGUUGAUAACAUACUGGUGAUGAAUGAUGGUCGUAUAACAGAAAGGGGAACAUAUGCAGAAUUGAUAAAAGGCAAUGCUGCUUUUGCUCAGUUUUUAAAGACGUAUCUAAUUGAAGGUGUUGGUAUAGAGUCUGAAGAUGAAGAACCCGAUGCCGAAAAAAGAAUGUGGGAAAAAAUUGAUGCAAUAACAUCAGAUGGUGCUACGUCAGGAGAUGAAAAUCCUGUUACUGAAAGGAAAAGGUAUGAAAACUCUAUUCUGACAAUCCUUGAAACCAUAAUGAGAAGUUCGGUGAGCAGGAAGUCGGUGACUAAAUUAACACUAUCGACGUCUAUGACUUUAUCAAUGAAAAAGGAGAAAGAUGAGAUGGAAAGCAAAGGAAAGUUAAUUGAGGUUGAAUCCACUGGACGGGGAAAGAUUCCUUUCAAGGUAUUUCUUUAUUAUUUUAAAGCCGCUGGUUCGAUUGGUUUUGCAGCUGCUAUUUUCUUCUUUGUCCUUUUCCAAGCUGCUAGUAUUGGAUCUAAUUAUUGGCUGACCUUUUGGACCGAUGAUCCUGACCUCAAUAAUGCCACAUUUCAACAAACACCCAAUUUUGUUACCAGAAACCACGAUUUCUUAACAGUGUACGGCCUGUUUGGUGUUUUUCAAGUUGUUCUGGUACUCGUCCACUCCCUGUUAUAUUGGACUAGAUUGAAUAAAGCGGCUCAAGUAAUGCACAGUAAAUUGAUGGACUCGAUAUUCCGAGCACCAAUGUCUUUUCUGGAUACCACUCCGAUUGGUCGUAUAAUAAAUAGGCUAUCACGUGAUACAGAGACGAUAGAUUCCACACUACCUCAAGUUAUGAAGAUGUGGUUAUCAACGUUCCUGAUAGUAUCGGCUACUAUAUUGGUUAUAAGUAUUACAACUCCAAUAUUUAUAGCAAUCUUUAUUCCUAUUGGUGCCUUCUAUUACUUUGUACAGGAAUUCUAUAUACCAACUUCACGUCAACUAAAACGUAUUGAGUCUGUGACCAGGACACCAAUUUAUACUCAUUUUAGUGAAACAUUAAGUGGUGCUAGUACUAUUAGAGCCUAUGGUGUUACUGGGUCAUGUUUACACCAUAUUAAAAAUAUAGUAGAUAAAAACCAAGUGUAUUACUUUGCUGGUAUUGCAUCAAACAGAUGGCUGGGAUUAAAUCUUGAUUUGGUUUCAUCAUUAAUAGUAUUUUCAGCCAGUAUACUAGCGGUGGCUUCUAGUGAUACUGGAGCGGGUCCUACUGGUCUUUCUAUAUCAUAUGCCCUACAGAUAUCUGCAGCUGUAGCAUGGAUGGUCAGACAAAUGAGUGAUCUGGAAAGUAAUAUCGUAUCAGUGGAGAGAGUUUUAGAAUAUUCUAAGAUAGAAUCGGAGGCGGCAUUGAUAAAUUUUGACAACAGACCAAGUAGUAAUUGGCCGGAUCAUGGUUCUAUUACAUGGAGUAAUUACCAAGUAAGAUAUCGCCAAGGAUUAGAUCUAGUAUUAAAAGGAGUCAGUUGUGACAUUUUAGGUGGUGAAAAGAUUGGUAUAGUUGGUCGUACUGGAGCUGGUAAGAGUUCUAUGUUAUUAACGUUAUUUAGAUUAGUUGAAGGUAGUGGUGGAGAGAUUAUUAUAGAUGGUGUAAAUAUAGCUGAUAUUGGACUGCAUGAUUUACGAUCUAGAUUAACCAUAUUGCCACAGGAUCCGGUAUUAUUUUCCGGAACUUUGCGUAUGAAUCUAGAUCCAUUUGAUGAAUUCACUGAUGAUCAGAUAUGGGUAGCUCUAGGUCAAUCUCAUUUAAAACCUUUUGUAGAAGGUCUUCCAGAGACAAUUUUCUAUGAAUGUGGUGAAGGUGGAAGUAAUUUCAGUGUUGGACAGCGCCAGUUGGUAUGCCUAGCUAGAACUUUACUCAGGAGAACUAGAAUACUGGUAUUAGAUGAAGCAACAGCUGCUGUGGAUUAUGAAACAGAUUCAUUGAUUCAAAAGACUGUUCGUGAAUCAUUUAAAGAUUGUACAAUAAUAACCAUAGCUCAUCGUUUAAAUACUAUAUUAGAUUAUGAUAGAAUAAUCGUAAUGGAUGACGGAAGAAUAGUGGAGUUUGAUAAACCAAAUGUUUUAUUAGAAGAUAGAACAUCAGUAUUUUACGGAAUGGCUAGGGAGGCUGGAAUAACAAACCAUCAUUGA